AUGAAAUUACUUAUCGAAUUCCUUGUUGUCGUUUUCUUUCCAUACCUAUUCCCACCUACAUUUUCGGUGAACAAGCUACCUCAAAGUCUCUUGGUAUCGGUUGAGGAAAUCCUCGCUCACCCGGCCGAGCAAGUGUUCAACACGGAUAUUAUGACACUAACUGAUUGUAGCCUGGAUUCCGGAUUGGGUUAUGUGUGUAAUCACAGAUCAUCUGCCUCAGUCCUGCCACCAUUACCAAUAGCUUCACUUUCUGCACCAACCAGUGGUACUCCCCAAUCGCUUAUUCUAAACACGAGAAUUGUGGGUGCACUCACGGAUCUGGUCUCUACCAUCUACUGCAAUCUGGAGAAGUCUGUCGCAUCGAUCGAGAGAAAAGGGAACAAGCAGGCCGUAUCGUCUAACAUAUCGUCGUCGGCUGCGGGUACCCCGGAUCAGUCUGACGGGGAAGGUUCGGAGAGCAACUAUAAAAUCCUAAUUGCUCCGGGUGAAUCAUCCUCUUCACGACUAUCAGAUGAUUCUGGUGCGACGGAUGAGCAGAAAGUUGCCGGCAAACAGUUCGGUAAUUACACUCCCACCGAUCCCACUACUGGACCGCCGUCUCAAAAUGAUGCCAGCGUUGUGAAGCAUCGACGAUCUUCCGGUCGAUGGAAGAAACACUUGGGUGAUGUAUUCUUGCAAUUGGGUGAAUUGGACAAAGCGCAACAGUACUAUGAUGCGACUAUCCAACUGCUUCGUCCAGUCAUGGAUAAUCUGUGGGUUGCAGGUGCCCUGGAGGGUUUGUGUGCUGUUGCAGUGGCCCGAAAAUUGCUUCGAACACAGUUCGCCGACCUUUUUCCUCGUUCGCGCCGUCCUUUGCGUCCUAUGCAUCUCCGCUAUACUCCCGGUGAACGUAGUCAGCCACGUUCAAUUGACGCAUCGGGUUUAGAUUUGGCCUCUCAAAAACAGAAACCACUACCUCAGUACAGCGCCGUUGAUUAUCGGAAUAUGGCUAUGGAGGCCCUGGAAUUAUAUCGAAAGAACGCACUCAAACCGAAGCGCCUUAAAACUCUAGUCGCUUUGUAUCAGUCAAUGGGGUACAAACGUCGGGCCGGAUUUGUAGCCUGGCAUGCUUUGGACCAAAAUCUGAAAUCAGUGAAUGAUUCGAAUUUUGGUUGCUUGUUCCAAAGUCUUCGGUUGCGUAUUUUUCCUGCUUUCGUGGAUACAGGGGGUUCGGUCGACAGUCCAGGUAGCUUGAUCCAUACUGACUCGGGCAUUGGAUCACAAGUCAGUCCAAACAGCCCCCAUCCAUUGUUGGUUAUGCCACAAAGCGGUGGUGCGUUGCGACGUCCCGCGCAACCGGCUGCAGUCUAUCCGAUGAUGCAACAGCAGAUCAUGGCCUGGUAUCGGGGUAUUUCUGCUGGGGGAUCGAAUGCUUCUCGAUUCAGUCGUGCGGCCAAACCUACCAACAACUCCAGUGCUACAAACCGCGGUGCAAGCCAGUUCCGCCAAAGCAAACGUAUCCACCAAAAUGACCAAGCGCUCAUGCUGUCUGACAAUGUGCGCUACUUGCCAACCGGAUGGGCUGGGUUGCAAGCCGCUGUUCUUGGCCGCAUUAUCGAUCAGUUCAAGAUUGACGUGCAAUUCGAGGAUAUAUUACAUUUGUCCUGGGAUAAAGCAUUACAAUUCGUUGGAUUCAUAUUUUCUCUGUUGGAUGCUUGGCCAAACAAACUGGAUGAAGCCAGAUGCGUCAUGUGUAUGGAAGAUCUGUGCCGAUUGGCAGUCAUGCGUUGCCCGGAUCAGCCCACUAUCGCUUCCUCAAUGUCUUGCUUCGCUGCGUUCGCCUCGGGCAAUGCGGAUCGUCGUCAAUGGGCCCGACAGACUGGGCUUUUGACAAGCACUCAGCCGAAUCCAGCCACAAUUGAACGAGAGGCCACCAUUCAACCCUCUCAGUCUACACAGCUCCGACAGUUGGUCGAUCUGGUCGAGGUCCCUGUCUAUCGACUCCCAUUAGUCCAGUCAAUUCAUCUACUUCCUGUCGUCCCUUAUCUCAUUCCUUGUGAGCUGUCCAAAGAAGGUUUGGCUUCUGCAGUCCCAAUUCACCGAAACUCGGUACACUCCUGUGGACCUCCUGAGAGUGAGAUCUCUGUGGCCACAGUUACCGAACUGAAGGUACAUUCAGGUCCGUUUUUCUACGCACCGAGUGCCCAGGAUCCCACUGCUGAUCCGCGAAUUGUAUCAAUUGACUGGGUUUGCGAGGAACCAGUCUGUGUGGAAUUAAUGGUGGACAAUCAGUUGCCGGUUGAUCUGCGCAUAUCAGAAGUAUGCAUUGAACUGACGCCAUUGUCCAACAGGGAACCCGGCGGUCAUCACUGUUCGUCCGUUUGUUCGCCGUCGGAAUACAGCAGUUUGACCAGUGGAAUUCAGCAGAAUACUAUUCAGUUAGAAGCGGCUCGUCUUGUGAUGGAGGUACCCUCAGUGACUCGAGGGCGUAUCUCAGUUGACCGGGUCUCCAUGCGAAAGCGCCCUUCCUGUCUGAAACCUCUCACACAGCGUUUUUUCAAUGUGCCACUAAAUGAAGCGUGCCUGCUGGAGACGGCCGAGGAUCAUAUUCGAUACCCGAGUACGAAUUUACAGUCCGCCUGGCGUCGCCGAAAUCAGAGUCAGAGUUGUACCAUUCCAGCUAAUCAAAGUGGUAUUCGUCUUGUGUUCACGUUCAUUCCAAUGGCUGAAAUGCACACAAUCGAGUCAAGUAUGGAUGACUCAAACACCAAACCGAUGGUGAGUAUUUGGUAUCUAUCCAGUCACUUUACUGUAUAUUCCACAGAUAAAGCCUACUUGUAUAGAAUGUGA